AUGGACGGUGAUCCGAAGGUCGAGUCGAAGCUUGACUCUUUCAGCUUGACCUUUCCUCUUCCCUACCGUAUUGGGUUCAUCAUUGUGUUAGCUGUUUGGGGCUGGGGUGCCAACCUACACUAUCUUCACAAGGUUAAAAUCGAUGUGCCAACCUUGAUCCGAUACCCAUCUCGAUCCUCCCCGACUGAACCGGCGCACCAUCUCUCGACCUAUCGACUCGCGACCGUCCUAUCCACCGUCUUCUUUCUCUCGAUUUCGACGUUCUGGGUCUUCACUCGCCGCAACCCCUCUCUCGUCAUCCAAUAUGACUGGUUACCGAUGACAUAUUUUGUUGCCCUCAUUGCCAUAUUCUUCGCCCCGAUUCGCAACUUUUCACACGGCGGGCGCUCUCGGUUUCUGGCAACCUUGCGGCGGGUUAGCAUCGGUGGUUUGGCGGAGGCUAAGGAUGGCAAAUUUGGGGACAUCCUACUUGCCGAUGUGUUGACAAGCUACGCCAAGAUACUGGGCGACCUCUAUGUCGUCCUUUGCAUGUUCUUCACACCUUCUGGCUCCUCGACUGCUCGGCCAGAUCGCAACUGCGGCGGGACGGUCAUGGUGCCUCUAAUCAUGGCCAUACCUAGUGCGAUACGAUUCAGACAGUGUAUUAUCGAAUACCUGCGAGUAAAACGAUCACCUUACAAAGAAUCUGUUGGCUGGGGCGGCCAACAUCUGGCCAACGCUACCAAGUAUGCCACAGCGUUCCCUGUAAUCAUCCUCAGCGCGAUGCAGCGAAGUCUGCCGGCUGACCAGCCAGCGCCGGGGCUGAACAAGGCCUGGCUGGCUGCUGUCCUGGUAAACUCACUAUACUCUUGGUAUUGGGACGUUGCUAAGGAUUGGGACUUGACGCUCUUCUCAUCAGCACGCGAGCGCAACAACCCAGAGCACCCGUUUGGUCUACGGCGGCGACUUGUUUUCCAACAGCCUGUUAUCUAUUACACGGUUAUUGGGUUGGAUUUGAUGCUGCGAUGCACAUGGGCAGUCAAGCUGAGCGCGAAUUUGGACAAGUUUACCGACUUCGAGAGCUCUAUUUUCUUGCUGCAAUCCCUCGAGGUCUUUAGAAGAUGGGUCUGGAUUUUCUUUCGAGUUGAAACGGAAUGGCUCAGGAACAACACAACAGGCCUGGGAGUUGACGACAUCUUGUUGGGAGACUACCAAGGCAAGUAUGAUUCUGAUGAAGAUUAG